GUCUGCUGUUAAGGUUUAGAGUUUUCUUCUAGAUCGUUAUAUUUCAUUUACGAAUAUAUUUCCAUCAUCUUGAAAAGUGUACAAUUUUUUGCUGUAUAUAAGGUGUUGCUGCAAACAUCGUUGAAUGGAUGCUGGUGGGAGUAGUACUGGAUCUUCCCAGGUGGAAGCUAUUGAUAAGGAACAAGUGUUUGAGUGGAUCUUGGAUUUGAGUGAUUCAAAUAAACGAGAACAAGCACUUCUGGAACUGAGCAAAAAGCGAGAGACGGUUCCCGACCUACCUUUGUGGCUGUGGUAUUCAUUUGGCUCAAUGGCUUCUCUGUUGCAAGAAGUAAUCUCAAUUUACCCUGCAAUUAUGCCACCGACACUUACCGCAGGGCAAUCGAAUCGUGUUUGUAAUGCUCUAGCUUUGAUGCAAUGUGUUGCUUCACACAAAGAAACUAGAAGUCCAUUUUUGCAGGCCCAUAUUCCGUUGUUUCUGUAUCCAUUCUUGCACACAACGAAAACUUCGCGACCUUUCGAAUAUCUUCGUUUGACAUCUUUAGGUGUCAUCGGUGCAUUGGUGAAAACUGAUGAACAGGAAGUUAUCCAGUUUCUGCUUUCAACAGAAAUAAUUCCGUUAUGUUUGCGGAUUAUGGAAAACGGAACAGAACUGUCGAAAACAGUGGCUACUUUCAUUCUACAGAAAAUACUGCUUGAUGAUACCGGUUUAGCAUACAUCUGCCAAACUUAUGAGCGUUUUUCCCACGUUGCUAUGAUCUUGGGUAAAAUGGUAUUGCAUUUGGCCAAAGAACCGUCACAGCGACUUUUGAAGCAUGUUGUUCGGUGUUACAGUCGUCUUUCCGACAAUCCAAGAGCGUUGCAGGCAUUACGGCAAUGUUUGCCGGAUCAGUUGAGGGAUGAGACAUUUACUCGAGUUCUUGCAGAUGACAAGUCAACUAAACACUGGUUGAAACAACUUCUAAAGAACAUCGGUUUUUCUGUGAGCCCUUGAAAGAAAUUUCAAGAGGCAAGAGCAAAAAAUGAUGUUUCUGUAUAAAGCGGAUUCUUAUAAGCUGAUCGCAUGUUGUUAAUCGAUAAAUCAUGUCCAAAUUCUUUUCCGAAUGCAAAUGCUGCUAUUUGUGAUGAAUAAUGCGAAUUUGUACAUCCUGGCAAUAAUGAACGGUUUUAUAUAAAAAGUUAUGUAGUUGGUUAUUUACCUUUCUUCUGGUAUCCAGACUUUUGUUUUAAUAAUGAACACAUGGACAUCAAAUUCGUCUUUCG